UUUCAUCUUUUCGCACAGAUUUGGUUAAGAGCCUUCGUAGGACGAAAGCUCCCAAGAAAAGAGCUCGAAGCUUCGCUAAUCUUCAUUCCACCCCUAAGUCCACCGCGUUAUACUGUGACGUGACGGUACAUGGUAAAAUUAUUCCGCUCAUUGUCGAUAGUGGUUCUUCCGAGA